AUGUUACCAGAUUUGUUCUUCUUCUUGCUCAUCCAUUCUCAACUUCUCAUUUCAUCUUCUUCGUCUUCUCCUCCAGUACUCCAGUGCAAUCCUGAUGAAAGAUCCGCCCUUCUCCAACUCAAGACCUCAUUCAAAUUUGUUGCUGAUGGAAGUUUGAGCUGUGCUCGUUUGAACAAAAAUGGAACUUCACACGAUGCAACAGCCUUGUGGAAUGAGAAAACUGAUUGUUGCACAUGGGAGGGAAUUAGUUGUGAUGUUUUUGGCAAUGUCAUCGUUUUAGAUCUGAGUUGUGGCAGCCUUCAAGGCCUGGAUCUCAGGCAGUGUAAGCUGCAUGGGAAGCAACUAGAGAAUAUUUUCGUAUUGUCGAAACUCCAAUCUCUUUUUUUACGAGAGAAUGAAGCACCAAAUGGAUCUUUUCCAAGAUCUAAUUGGAGUAGUGCACUAGAGUAUUUAGAUAUCUAUAACAACACCUUCUCCAUUGACCUACCUCUUUUAUUGAAAAAUAUACCAAAAUCUUUGUCUAUUUUGUAUUUAAGUUUCAAUAACUUAGUUGGUCCACUUCCAGACAACAUUCAUUUUCUUGCUGGUAGUGCUCCAAAAUUCAUUGGUUUGGAUUUAUCAAAUAACUUACUCAACGGAACAAUACCAUCGUGGAUAUAUGCCAUACCUUAUUUGGAGGAUUUAUACCUUAGUCACAACCAAUUCACUGGGGAGAUAAUUGGUGGCUUUCAAAGUCCAAGCGUUCAACCUUUGGAUCUUUCAUCAAACAAGUUGAGUGGUACUUUGGAAUUGGAAAAGCUUUUAAAUUUCAAAAGGUUAGUAUAUCUUGACCUUUCCUCUAAUAAUAUUUCAGUGACUUUUGGAAACUCCAAAAACUAUAGACUGGAUAAUCUUGAGGGAUUAUAUCUGUCUUCUUGCAACAUUACUGAGUUCCCACACAUUUUAAAAUCUUCAAAAACAUUAUUUGGCUUAGACCUCUCCCAUAAUCAUAUUCAAGGACGUGUUCCUAAAUGGUUAUGGGAAGUGGGAAACAAUUCUCUAACCAACUUGACUCUCUCUCACAACUUGUUAACACACAUAGAGCCACUUCCAUGGAAUGGGCUAAGAUACCUUGAUCUUAGCUCCAACUUGUUUUCAGGAACUCUUCCAAUUAUUUCAUCAUCAAUUCUAUGGUUCUUCUCAGUAGCCAAAAAUCAAUUUGAGGGAGAGAUCUCAACUUCCUUUUGCAAAACGACAUCCCUUGCAGUGCUUGAUUUAUCUUCUAAUAAUUUGAGUGGCAUCAUUCCUGAAUGCAUGGGAAAAUUUAGCAAACAGCUUUCAGUCUUGAAUUACAUGGGAGAGUAUUAUUACCAAGACUCUAUAACAGUGACCAUGAAAGGAUAUGAGUUAGAGUUGGUGCAUAUCCAAACUAUCCUUGUAAGUCUUGAUUUCUCCUGCAACAAUUUUAUUGGAGAGAUUCCAGGGUUGCUUGAAAGGCUUAAGUCGCUCAAGGGCCUCAACAUUUCUCAUAAUAUGUUAAGAGGUGUCAUACCAUCAUCGCUGGGAAAGUUGACUAACCUUGAGUGGUUAGACCUCUCUGCUAACAAGCUAAGUGGGAAUAUUCCUUUGCAGUGUUGA